AUGUGCAAACCCAACAUCUUUGAUGGCCUGAGGGUGUGUUUCUUUGUAGCUCUGUAUUAUAACGUCAUCAUUGGUUGGAGUAUUUUUUACUUGGGAAGUUCUUUCCAGUAUCCUCUACCAUGGGAAAACUGUCCGACAGAAGGGAACAGCACCGUGAAGGAAUGUGCCGCCAGCUCUCCCACAGCAUAUUUCUGGUACCGUAAAGCUCUGGAUAUCACCGAUUCCAUUGAUGAAACCGGAGAGUUCAACCCCAUCAUCACUGGAUGUCUGCUGGCCGCUUGGGUCAUCGUUUGUCUGGCCAUGUACAAGGGCAUCAAAUCGACCGGCAAGGUGAUGUAUUUCUCCUCCGUGUUUCCGUACGUUGUGCUGCUGUGUUUCCUGAUCAGAGGCGUGACGCUGGACGGGGCGUCCGAGGGCAUUAAAUUCAUGUUUUACCCCAGGCUGGAGAUCUGGGCUGACGUUCAAGUGUGGCGUCAGGCGGCGACUCAGGUCUUCUUUGCUCUGGGUUUGGGUUUCGGUUCUGUGAUCGCAUAUUCUUCCUAUAACCCGCGGAACAACAACUGCCAUCGAGAUGCGUUCACCGUGUCUGGCGUCAACUUCAUGACGUCUGUUCUGGCCACGCUGGUGGUGUUUGCUGUGCUGGGCUUCAGAGCCAAAACCAUUGCCACAGAGUGUGUUAAACGUAACGUGAAGGCCGUGUUUGAAGCGAUGUCCAGCACUCAACUCCCUGACCUCCUCAUCAAUGCAUCGGAUGUGGAGAGCAUCACAUUGAACGAGUAUGAGGACUGGUACAGGAUUCAGGGCCAGCAGCUGAAUAUCCCCGGUUACAACAUCACCGCCUGCAGCCUGGAGGACGAGCUUAAACAGGGUGUGGAGGGAACUGGUUUAGCGUUCAUAGCGUUCACUGAAGCCAUGACGCUGUUUCCUGGGAGUCCGUUCUGGUCGGCGCUGUUCUUCCUCAUGCUGCUCAAUCUGGGUUUGUCCACCAUGUUUGGCACCAUGGCUGGAAUACUGACCCCGCUGACGGACACGUUUAAGACCCUGCGUAACCACAAAUUCCUCUUUACAGCAUGCAGCUGUGUGGUGGGCUUUCUGAUCGGUCUCACGUUCACUCAGCGCUGUGGAAACUACUUUGUGACGAUGUUUGAUGACUAUUCUGCCACUCUUCCCCUCAUCAUCGUCGUCAUCUUUCAGACCUUGAGCGUGGCCUGGGUUUAUGGAGCGGACAGGUUUUUGGAGGACCUGAAGCGGAUGUUGGAUCGGCCGGUUCCUGUGGUGUACAAGUACCUGUGGAAAUAUGUGUGUCCGGCUGCUAUGCUGGGGCUCUUAGGUGCCAGUCUGCUAAAGAUGAUCUUGGAGCGUCCCACAUACACCGCCUGGAACAGAGAAAAGGCGUCUAAGGAAAAUCUGCCUUAUCCUGGCUGGGCUCUUGCUGUCCUGAGCACGCUCAUCAUUGUUGCAUUUCUUCCUGUUCCUAUCGGAUUCAUACAUUCCCUCCUCCUGGAACGGCUCGGCCAGUCGCCGGCAGACACUGAGGCGGGAUACGUGCCGUGUGCCACCACAGACAUAGACCUGACCCCUCUCAGCACGUUACCACCUUCAGGAGAUGACCCCAAUUCAUUUUCCCCUUUGCUUUAUGAAAACCAUGACACUCGUUUGCCGAACGGCCACAUUGAACACUUCGAAUCAAGUAGUGUGUUAUGAGAAGAAACUACGUUAUAGAGUUUACAUCUCAGAAGGAUCUAUUUAAAUCAAGACCAUUUUAUUAUUGUACUUUGCUUUUGGGAACAAUCAUUUCUGUCUGUGCAUACGGGCACAAAAAUAACUGUUUUAGGUGUUAGUUCAUUGCAAAAAAGAAAAUUGUCAUCAGUUUCACUCAAAACAUCACAGAUGAUCUUGUGGAGUUAUUUAACUGUUUGUACAGGCUGCUCUUUUCCUUUUAACGGUAGUUGACAUCUGUUGAGCUCUGAAAUUAAUUUUGCAUUAUAUUCGAAGUCUUUGUGAAAGUCUUGGCUUCUCAAAUCUCAGUUUUACAUCUCCGUUUAGACCUGUUACAUGUGAAAACUCUUUAUAUGCGGCUGAUGACGGUUUCCUUUUUCCAGUGAACUGUGGCUUUAAGUACAGCAUAAUAAUGGAACCGCUGAGCCGUACCUGCAUGUGGUGGGUCCAGGUGAACGCUGAACAACAAAGCAACACUAUAGUUACCCGUUACAACGGUCAAAUCAGUUGGUAACUGAUGGUUCUGCUGCUUUAGUUAUCUGACAAGGUUAUUUUUUUUGCAUAAAGGUGUUGAUGGGUUUGACCCAUCAGUGUUACGCCUGUUUCACACUGCAAGCGUGAGCUUCGCGUCAGUGUAGCUACAGCAUCACUGCAGACUCGCCAGCGGAUUCACACUGGAAGCAUUCGUACAGCGUCACAGCAGCGGCUCCAAAGCUACACAUUUCUUCACAAAGACAACUAAAUUUGUUUUUAGAGGUUGGUCAGUUAUAAACUUGAAAGUUUUGAAAUUUUAUCGUGGGGAUUCGCAUGUAAAUGGUAAACGACAAAAACUGCUCCGAUCAUGUCGUUUCAAUCAUACUUCGAAAUAGAACGUGCUGUUUAAUGUUUUUUAAAUAUUACACCAUACUUGAACCCAACCUGAAUAAUUAAAGACAAGUUUAAAUGGGUAAAUCUUCAUUUUCUUUUGACAUACUACAAUUCUUGUUAAAACACACUAGAUAUGCUUAUUCUGUGCUGCUUUUUUUUUUUAACACUGAACAAAAUAAAUAUGAUUUCACAUAUACACUUUAAUUGCGUGUGAGCUGC